CAGCUGACGCUAACACUUCCACCACUAAUAACAUAAAAGUUGUUUGCUUAUAUUUAAACAAAUGGGCGGCACUAAGUGUUGUUUUCGUGAUUGUCCGGUGGGUUCUAGCCGCAACCCCAAUAUGCACUUCUUCAAGUUCCCCGUUAAGGAUCCGAAGAGGUUGAAAGAUUGGGUCAGGAAUUGUUCAAACCCUGACGUUUCAAAUGCACCGCCGUCCAAACUGGCAGCCAAAACAGUUUGUGCCCGGCACUUUCGAGCGGAAUGCUUCAUGAACUACAAAAUGGACAGACUCAUCCCAAUGCAGACGCCCACUUUGUUCAGGAUCAACAGGGAUCUGGCACUAGACUAUGAAAAUCUCGACCAGAACGGUGAAGCUCUUCUCGUGAAGUUGACGCCUCCAAAGCAGCAACACCUAAUACCACCUAAAGAUUUCGAGUGUCCUCUGGGAUUCGUGGAUGGUGAGACACAGAAUUUGGAUGUUGUUAAGAAACGAAAUACAGUAGAGUUGACAGAAGAGGAGGAACCGCAAGGGAAAGACGAAGCCGACGAAGUGCUGGCUACGGAGCAGGAACAGCCGGUUGUACACACGGAGAAAACAACGGUGGCGCAUAAGAGUUCUACAACAUCAACAAGCGCUUCGGCUAUGCCUCAAAACAUUCUAGAUAUCAUAAGUCAACUUCAGCCUUCAUUGGGCAUCAAAUUGAUUAAAAGACCAGUAAAGCGUCAAUCAGGAAGCGAGAAUGAGUUGUUUCAGCUUGAAGAGCAGCUCCCAAAAGAACAAACUGAUGAUACAAGCAAGAUGCGAACAGUCACCAAGGAAUCAGAAAAGCAAAUUAAAUCAAAAAGUUGUAUUAUUGACGUUAUGAAAAUGCCAAAGCUUGCCGAUAAAUGUCAAGAAAAGCAAGUGCCAACUAGAAAAGAGUACCGACCAAUUAAAGGGACUGUGGUUAGAAAACGUGGGAUGCAGGAGGCAGAUGCUGAUAGACUGAACGAAGAUGAAUCCACCAAGGAGCAGGCUAAGAAAAGGAAGCUACCCCAAGAAGCACAAAAGACUGACUCCCACGCUUCACCUGAGAACGGUACGAUAUUGAACCGAUAUACACAAUUGCAAGAGAAAUUCUGGGAUGAGCAGAAGACUCCGAUGUUGGAGAAACCCACCCAAUCCAUCCAAAUUAAUCUUAGUUCUAGCAAAGAAAAUAGUCAGAGUGAUUCCAUUUCCGAAACCUUAUCUGAAUCUUUUCUAAACCUUGAAGAGAACAUACCACUUAGUACUGACAGUGAGGACGAGUCUGAACCAGAUGAAAAACCAUCUUCAUCGGAAGAUGCCCAUCGCGAUAAGCUUCUUCAGGAGUACGAUAAACUGCAGGCCGAGUUUGAAAAGCUGUCUGAGGAGAAUGCCAAACUAAAACGACUGCAAGCGGAGUCCCCGUGGACUUCAGCUGCAAUCAAACCCACUGCUCUUUCUCUAAGCAAACCCCAGCUAUACAUGGCAAUAAAGAAAUACGUGGGGCCCACGAUGGCCGCAUUGCUGCGCAUGGAAAUGUUCGGCGGCUCUGAGGAACGCACUUGGAAGGAUGACGAGCGAGAGUUUGCCACCGAACUACUUCAACUGGGCGACGAGGUGUACAAGUACUGUUGCGACGAGUGGCGCUUCCGCCUGCCCUCGAUGCGGAUUGCACGCUCCUGGCUGGAGAAAAAAAAUACGGAAAAUUCGGAAGAGUUUCUAGACUUAUAGUUUAUUUUGCCAUUAUAGACUUGGCAAUAUAAGGGGUAUUUUACUGAUAAAUUAUUUUAUAUAUUAGUUUUAAGCAUAACAUCAGUUCCGAUGCAUCUAAUAAAGUAGGUGUAUAUAAAAAACGCUUUUAAAUCC